AUGCUUGAUGUAGGUUUUCAGGUAAAUGGCAUUUUUGCUGGACAUACACCAUUACAAGCAGCAGCUCAAAAUGGACAUUUAGAUAUUAUUCGCUUACUUAUUCAACAUCAUGUUAAUUUAGAAAUUGAAGAUAAAGAUGGUGAUCGAGCUGUACAUCAUGCUGCAUUUGGUGAUGAAGCUGAAGUAUUAGAGUUACUUGCAAGAUCAGGUGCUGAUCUAAAUGCUAGAAAUAAACGACGACAAACAGCAUUACAUAUUGAUGUUUGUAAAGGCCAUUUUGAUGUAUGUAAAACUCUUUUAUCAAAUGGUGCUCAUCCUGGAAUACAAGAUUCAGAUGGUGAUACACCAUUACAUGAUGCUAUAUCAAAAAGACGUGAUGAUUUAAUUAUUAUUUUACUUGAAUACAAUGCUGAUGUAGCUACAUGUAAUAACAAUGGUUUCAAUUCAAUUCAUCAUGCUGCUUUACGUGGCAAUUCAUCUGCUAUUGAACUUAUUCUUUCUAAAAUUCAAAAUCGUCAAUGGCUUGUUGAUGAGAAAAAAGAUGAUGGAUUUACAGCUUUACAUUUAUCAGCACUUAAUGAUCAUUGUUUAGUUGCUGAAUUACUUUUAACUAAAGGAAAUGCAUCAAUUAAUGCACAAAAUAUUAGUUUACAAACUGCUCUUCAUUUAGCUGUUGGUCGACAACAUUUACAAAUUGUAAAUUUAUUAUGUAGUAAAAAUGCAAAUGUUAAUUUAGCUGAUAAAGAUGGUGAUACAUGUCUUCAUGAAGCUUUAAGACAUCAUACAUUAUCACAAUUAAAACAAUUACAAGAUGUUGGAGAUAGUGGACGAGUUUACAUUUAUGUAAAAAUUAUGUAUGGAUCGAUUAAAAAGAAUAGUUGUCGUAUGUGA